AUGGGCAAGAAAUCAGGUAGAAAGAGACAGCAGAAAGCAGUGAACAGCAAUGGAGCCGAAAAUAGCACCGAAAACCAGGAAGGAGCUUCCCAAUUAGAAUCCACCUCUUCCACAGACACCACAAACUCCAAGGAUGAAGAAGAGAUUGACGAAAACGACAACGAUGUUAACGAAGAUGAGGAGUUUGCUGAUUCCAAAGAGGCCCAUGAAGAAGAAAAAGAUUUGCAUGAGGAAAUAAGGGAAGAAGAAAAUGUCGAAGAUUCAAAGCAAGUAGCUGUGGAAGAAACAGCUCCUGGAGCGUUCCCCAAUGAAGAAGUCCCCGAACACGAACAAACAACAAAAGAAGUUGAACAUGAAGCGUCCAAAUCAGAUAAAGAAGGUGCUUUGCCCCCUCGAGAUGGAAUUCGAACAAUUGUCGAAACAGGUAUUCCUGACCACACAGAUGCGCCCCAAAAAGCACCAUCCUCGUUGUUGGCAGCAAGGCAAAACGAGAUCACCAUCAAGUUUGAUUCCAAAGACGCAGCUGCACGCUCAGCGAUUGAGUCGGGUCGUGAGAGUAUCGUAAAGACGUUCAACGGAAUCAAAUCGACAAUCGGCUCGGCGCCAGAGCUCAUGGGUGGUGUAGAUAUAGACUGGGAGUUCUGGGGCAGAGUGGUGGAGAACUACGACGAGUUGGUGCAGAACGAGCCUCGGACAGUACAAAGAGCUGUGGCCGAUGGCAUUCCAAAGGAGUUCAGGGGCAUUGUGUGGCAGCUCGUGAGCAGGUCCAAGAACCUUCAGCUAGAGGAGCUAUAUUUUCAUUUGAAAAAUGAGCCAUCUAUUCACGAGAGAGCCAUCAAGAGAGACUUGUCAAGAACAUCAUUUUUCACAAACGUCAAUGCUGCCAACAAAGCCGACGAGCUAUUCAAUGUGAUUAAGGUGUACUCGUUGUUUGACCCAGAUGUGGGGUACACUCAAGGAAUGGUGUUCAUUGUGGUGCCAUUGGUGAUGAAUAUGAAUGAGGCAGAGUGUUUCUGUUUGCUUGUCACCUUGAUGAAGGAUUAUGGCCUCCGAGACUUGUUUUGUCCUGAGAUGCAUGGCUUGCACUUGUUGCUUCACCAAUUCGACCGCUUGCUAGAACAGUGCCUGCCUCUUUUGUACAAUCACUUGGUCAGGCAAGGUAUUCGACUGCUGAUGUACGCAUCCCAAUGGUUCCUCACUUUCUUCAGCUACAAAUUCCCCUUGGACGUUGUCCUACGUAUCUUCGACAUGGUGAUUACCCAGGGAAUCGAAGCGGUGCUUCGAUUGGGAGUGAAUUUGAUGUUGCGCAACGAGCUGAAUUUGCUUCGACUCAACUUCGAUGCCCUUCUUGAUUUUCUCAAACUCAACUUAUUCAAUAUUUAUGUCAGCGAUGAGUUUAUCGCAUCCACAGAGAAGCCAGAAAGCAAACGAUUCUCGCUCUUGGGUCGCAAGGGUACCACCAAGGGAGGCGCAAACUACUACAAGCUCGAUGCUUUUGUUAAGGACGCAAUGCUAGUAGAAGUAAAGCCUGCUGAUAUCAAUCGGUUUAAGCUGGAGUUUGAACUUCUUUGUGAAAAGGACGCUGCAAGAAAGCAGGAGAUUGAAGAGUACAAGGUGAAGAAUGGACAGCUACGCUACGAAAUCAAGCAACUUGAGACUGAGUUUUACACCGUCAAUAAAGACCACAUGGAUGUUGUGCAAGAGUUGGUGAACACUAAGGUGGUUUUACCUGAUGUUUUGGGAGAUAUUGAGGAGCUUGAAGCCCAGGCUGCAUCGCUAGAAAAGGAUAUUAAAGAACUCGAGGCCAAAGUGGAGGAGCUGAGCACUCUGCUUCCGCAAGAUGUGGAUCUGAAGAUCCAGGAGCUAUUGGCUGAGAAUGCCAAAGAGACAGAGAGGUUUGCAGAGCUUGAAGAGAAAUUCCACGAAUUGAGCGUGCAGAACAACGCCAUGGACGCAGAGCUCAAGCAACGAGGAGGCAAGAAAUGGUUCUGGUAG